GUGUGGAACAAAGGGGUAGCGAAGCACCUGCGCGAGUAGAUGACUGGCUCUCGCGGCCCAGGACGAGUGUUGAUCGCGGUGAAUGGCGUACGAGGACGAGUUGAGAACCGCCCGGGUACACGCGCAAGUCUUCCCCGGCGAGGAUAUGGUCCGAAGGAUUGCUGAUACCCGUUUAUUGACUAGACUUUGAAAGUAAAUGUUGAUGGCUUGUGCAAACGGCUUUUGUUGUUUUAUUUGCGCUGUGAGAGAGGAGGUUGGACUCUUGUGAACUAAGAGUGUGGCGAAAUUCUAUUACAGACGAAAGGAUGGCUGAGUUGAUGUAUAGUGUGUUUAUGGCUCGCCGCGACGGUGUCAGCACGUGCCUUUUUUGCAUACGAGUUGCUUUGUAAACAUAGCCGUGAUUAUAGUUCCUACAAAAGAGGCCAUCAACAAUGGCAAUAAACAAUGGUUAUUUCGUCAUGCCAAUGAACAUGGACAGGGUCUGCCGCAUCUGUUUGCAAGAGAAUACAAAUUUAUCACCCAUUUUUUGCAAUGGACACGAGAUAGGAAGCAAUCUUACGGAUAUAUCGCAGAAAAUACAAGUGUGUGGUGCUGUGGAGUGUCACGAGCAGGAUGGUUUACCUGCCCUCAUCUGUGAUGUUUGUAUAUAUAAGGCAAGCGUUGCACACGAAUUCAGGCAAUUAUGUCAGCAUUCUGAUGCUCGAUUAAGGCUUUAUUAUAAUAAGCCUGCUAGAUUUAAUGCUACCGACUCUGGUACACAAACUGAUCUAGAAGUGCAGGAACUUUUAACCAAAACUGCUGAGGAGAUACAAAAUGAUUAUUUUGUAAAGCAAGAAGUAAUGACUAAUCAACAGUUUCACAAUGCAAUAUCAAAUGAAGAGUACAAUCCUGAGCCUCAGACCAAUACUGUUGUUACAACGAUCGAGUCGGCUUUGCCUACGGUCGACGUAAACAUGUCAGUAGAGAGUGACAAACUUUUUAAUUGUCAUUUAGCUUUUGAAGAGCAGCCUAAAAAUAUUGAUAAAGCUCCAGAAGUUGUUGCCUGUGAUACCCAAACCGUGGAGUGUACACAAGAAUUAAUUCCAGUUUCUACAAAUUUAAUUGAUAAUGUUUGUACCAUAGAAGCAGACAUGAGUACUGCAGAAGAGAGUGAUGUGAAAAACGACGUCAGCUAUUUUACCUACAUCACAAAGGAGGAGGAAAAUAUCGAGGAAAAUAUCGAGGAAAAUAUUGAGGAAAAUAUCGCGAAAAAUAUCGCGGAAAAUAUCGAGCAAGGGGAGAAUACUGUGCAGAAACGUACAUCGGCAAGGAAGACCAAGGCUAUACCAAGAACUGAUCUGUACGAAGAAAUGGAAGAUGAUAAUUAUUUCGAGCCAGUGAGCGAGAGUCAGAAUUCGGAAGAAACGACGUUUAAAUGCGAGUCCUGCUCCAAACGGUUUACCACCCCGAAAGGCUUGAAGAAACACCAAUUAACUCACGAAAAACAGUACAAAUGUGAAGUUUGUGCAAAAACGUUUUGUAAGUUAGAGAAUCUAGAGAAACACAAAAACAUUCACACGACGAAGCCACACGCCUGUCAAGUGUGUCACGCGAGUUUCUCGAAAUCCCAGAGUCUCGUAAAGCACCUCAAGUCGCACACCGAGAAAGUCAACGACGUCGCUAAGCAGAUUAGCACAGACGAGCAGACGCCAGCAGAAAUAGAGCCGAAGAAGAGUCCGAAGAGCGAAGAGUCGGACGACGACAGUGGGACUGUCAACGAGCCAGACGGAUUUGAAAACGCCCCGGAGAUUUUUAAAUGUGAGGAGUGCGGUCAGUAUUGUUCAACGCUGAAAAAUCUAAAACGGCAUGCUCUUAUACACGGGGAGAGGAAGUACUCCUGUACAGUCUGUAAAAAGUGGUUCUUCCGACCUGACACCCUGAAGAAACACGCGGAGAGGCACGGUCACGGUCUGCUAGAUAACUUGGCAGACGACAACAAGCUGUACGACUCCGACGACGACGCUUUUCCAUCGUCCAGAAUGAACAACGGCUCGACGGAGACUGACAGUAACAAAAAGGAGGAGAGCGAGGAAGAGGGCAACGGCGAGUACAAGUGUCAGCAUUGCGAUAAAAUCAUGGCCACGAAGAAGGGUCUACGCCGACACGUCGCCAUGCACAAGCCCAAACCAGAACCCGCCGUCUGCGAGAUUUGCAAGAAGGUAUGUGCCAGCCGAGCUCGCCUCACCCUCCAUCAGAAGACUCACAAUAAGCCCAAGGAGAAGGUUCCUCGGGAAUAUCUAUGCCACAUCUGCAGCAAAGUUUACCCGAGCAACUCCUCACUGACCUACCACAUGCGCACGCACACGGGAGUGAAACCCCACGUCUGCAAGACCUGCAACAGCGGCUUCACGACGACGACGAGCCUGGCGAAUCAUAUGCGCAUUCACACGGGCGACAAACCCUUCGUCUGUCACGUCUGCAGCGCGGCCUUCGCUGUGAGUUCGGCCUUCCGGAGGCACCUGACUCGGCACACCGGCGAAGCCAAUUACCUCUGCAAGACGUGCGGCAAAGCCUUUAAACGACUCAGCACUCUCAAAGAACACACUUACACGCAUUCCGGCGAGAAGCCCUACGUCUGCAAGACCUGCGGCGCAGCCUACAGCCACAGCGGCAGUCUCUUUGCGCACCAGAAGCGCUGUCGCGCCCAGUUCACGGAGAUGGUUGUCGAGGACCAUCAUCACUCCGUUGCACAUCACAUACACGUCAACAACGUCCAGUCCGCGGUGCGAUCGCUUGCUGUGAUAGGCCAGAUGUUUUGAACGAGAGGUUUUUGCAGGUGUUAACUCGCGCCCACGUCUUUCCUCUGCUUGUGAGCGUGUAUCGUACGACUGAAACUUUGAUACACGUUCUCGCUUACCCCUUUUAUAUAGUGAUUAUAAUCAUGUUACUCUUUGAUUUAUUUUCGUUAGUUAUACUCUAAUCAUCAUUAUUAUUGCUAACAUGUUCUACUUUUGUAAUACAAAAAUGUUAAGUGGCUUUUUUACAGUUACUUUAGUCAGCGAGUACUAACGAUUCUAAUUGUACAUUUAUUAAAUAAAUAUUUAAUAACAUUCAAAGUUA